UCUUUCAGGCAAAUUGCACUAGCGGAUCUGGUCAUCCUGAAUAAGACAGACCUUGUGUCAACACAAGAGCUGACUGAAGUUAGAAGCACAAUCAAGCAUAUAAACAGCAUAGCAAGGUUACAAGAAACACAAAGAGCCAGGAUAGACUUGAACCUCAUCUUAGACUUACAUGCAUAUGACGUGCAGGGGGAAAUCAGUGGAUAUCAACUGCUAGAAAAGAAAGGGCUGAACUCUGACCCCAGCACAAAAGGUCAUUUAGAUCCAGGGGUCACCACAGUAACAUUCCAGGUCAAGGGUAGUGUGCAAUCUUCAAAACUAGAAGACUUCUUACAGGGCCUCCUGUGGGACAAAUCAUUAUCGAACAGGGAGGGGAAACCAAUGGAUGUCAUGAGAUUAAAGGUCAGUAAAUUGUUUCUUUAA